AACUUUGGAUUUGUGCAUCAUGUGCUCGGCUGUCGGCAGCAGUGCGCAUGCGCGCCGGCCACUGCCUCAGCUCCGUGUGUGUCAGUACUCGUGGGAGAAAUUUUGGGACCGGUGUCGUGAUUGUCUACCAUGGAGGAGGCAGCCCCCACCACGAAGGGGCCUGAGUUUGAUGUGUACGGAGCGAUGGAGUGGAAAGAUGGCGUGGGGACCCUCCCUGGCAGCCCACUUAAGUUCCGGGUGAAUGAAUUUGGGGUGCUGGAGGUCAUAACGGGCGAGGGUGACGAGGAGGGGGUGAAGAAGGCUCAUGCGAAAACCACAUGGAGUGUUCCCACCGCACAGGAGGCCCUGUUAGAGAAGGUGCAGGUGGAUCCGUGGGGGCAGCGUGGCCUGGUGUGUGUGCGCUGUAACAGGAAAGGCUCUGCGGUGGACUUUCUAUCUGACGGACGCCACUGCAGUGAACGCUGCCUGCAGCAGGACCAGCAGGAUGAGCUGAAGACUAACGGUGAGGUCAAGGGGGUCAGAAAGCACCCACACUUGGGCGAGCGAGUGGAUGAAGAGAUGGAUGGGGUGAUGGAAGCAAUGGAGGAGGAUGAGGAAGACAAUGAAGAGAAAGAGAGCAGGAGGCCGGCGCGUGCCGCUUCACGAGGUCGCAGGAAGCGGAGAGGCGAUGGAGCUCUGCUUAAACAGACAGUUCCAUACGGGGGGAAAAAGAAGUCUUGGUGCUGGGCUUCGUAUCUGGAACAGGAGAAAGCAAUCGCUGCCCCCAACAAACUGUUUAAAGAGUACCAGUCUUUUCCUCAGUGUAAGAAUGGCUUCAGAGUGGGGAUGAGACUGGAGGGAAUCGACCCUGAACACCCCUCCAUGUACUGUGUUCUUUCCAUCAGUGAGGUUUCUGGCCACAGAAUUCGCUUGCACUUUGAUAAAUACUCAGAAUGCUAUGAUUUCUGGGUAAACGCCAACUCUCCGGAUAUUCACCCCAUCGGCUGGUGUGAGAAAACUGGCCACAAGCUGCAGCCUCCAAAAGGAAUAAAAAGUGAAGCGUUCAGCUGGUGCUCAUAUCUGAAAAUGAAUAAAAUUCAAGCAGCCCCUAAAGCUCUGUUUGACAGCCAGAACACAAUGGUCACACCUUUAGGCUUCCGAAUUGGGAUGAAGCUUGAGGCGGUCGAUAAAAAGAAUCCUUCUUUCAUCUGUGUUGCCACGGUUACAGACUUGGUGGAGAGCCGCUUCCUUGUGCACUUUGACGACUGGGACGAGAGCUAUGAUUACUGGUGUGAUGCUACAAGUCCAUACAUCCAUCCAGUUGGCUGGUGUCAAGAGAAUGGCAAGACUCUCACCACGCCCCCAGGCUUUCCGGACACCACAAGCUUCUCCUGGGAGAAAUAUCUGGAGGAGACCGGCUCAUUACCCGCUCCAGCAAGAGCCUUCAAAGCUAAGCCUCCACACAGUUUCCAGGUGAAUAUGAAAUUAGAGGCGGUGGAUAAGAGGAACCCCAUGCUGGUCAGAGUGGCUUCUGUGGUGGAUACAGAUGACCACAGGAUAAAGAUCCAUUUUGAUGGCUGGACGGAUGAGUAUGACUACUGGGUGGAUGCUGACAGCCCUGAUAUCCAUCCUGCUGGAUGGUGUGCAAAAACCGGACACCCUCUACAGCCGCCAAUCAGUCCCCAAGACAUGUAUGAGUCAUCAGAUGGAGGUUGUCCUACAAUGGGCUGCAAAGGAGUCGGACACAUCAAAGGGGCUCGCUACUCUGCACACCACAGUGCCGUGGGCUGUCCGUACUCUGAAAUCAACAUGAAUAAGGACUCUAUUCUGCCAGACCGUCUAAGUGGGGAGAUGCCAGGCUCUGGCGUAGGCCGACCACGCCGCGAACCAAAUCCCGACCCACACACACACGAUCAGGAUAAACCUGUCUCCUCCACAUCCCUUCACCUGGACAAGCCCAACACAGCAACCAGCACCAUGGAAAUGAUACAUAAGAAGCCUGUUGGGAUGGAGACCAAGAGAAGGGUUGGUCGGCCGUGUAAGGUGCGAAAGGUUAAAUUGGAGGAGCCCCCACAUGAUGAGGAAAUGGAGAGCGAGGUGUCGUCCACCGUGGAAUCCAAAGAGUUGACUCUGCAGCAGGCUCUGCACCAGUCUGUGUUUAUGCCGUUCUCCACUCCAUCUCCCAGCAUGCCUCAGUGCUGGGAUCAGCACAGUAAGCUCCUCCCAUCGGUGGCUGGAAUCACAGCUAGUAAAGUGGCUACAUGGAGUGUGGAGGAGGUGACAGAGUUCAUCCAGGGUCUGCCGGGCUGUAGGGAACAAGUGCGCACUUUCAGGGAGGAGCAAAUCGAUGGCGAGGCGUUUCUGCUGCUGACUCAGACUGACCUGGUGAAGAUCUUGAGUAUAAAGUUGGGUCCUGCACUGAAAAUCUACAACUCCAUUCUGAUGUUUAAAACAGCAGAGAACUCCGCCUGCAAUGAACUCUGACACUGAAUCUUCAGUGGCUUUAGGACGACAGACUCUGGCCUAUGAUCCUCACUGGGCUGGGAUGAGGCCGUGGCUUGAACUGAAGGGCUUUAAAGGAAAAACACAUUCAGAAUCCAGAAUGCUUCUGUGCACACUGCAUUAACAAUCUUCAAUAAAAAUACAUGUUACGGUCAGAUAGGCUUUCAUAUUAAAAAAACAAUUUAGUUAUAACUGUUAUAAGAAAACCUCACAGUAGUUUUUGUAAAUACAUCAAUAGGGUAAAACCUUGUAAAAUAAUGUUCCAAUUGUUUAAUUUAAUACUCAAAUAUUCACACUGUGGAAGGAGUAGUAAAAAAAAUAGUAGUAAUAACCAAAGUAAUAAAAGUACAAGGUUUUCUUAUGACAACAACUUAAUAUACACACUAAUAUUUACUGCUUAUUAUGGUAAUACAGAUGCAUUAUUAAUGUGUUCAGCAGCUGUCUGUGGCCAUUGAAUUUGCGAUACAUUAAAUUUCCUUGAUUUAUUCAACCUGAA